UUGAGCUUUUUGAGAAAACCCUGACUGAGCAGGCUACUAGUUCUAUUCUAGUUCUAGAUGUUGCCCUAUUCAUUUGUUUCUUUUCUUUCCCACCCCCGUCAAGUCAGGCCUACCUGCCUGUCACCUUACUUCCCUAUCAGAGCACUGAACCUAGCCUUAUCCACGCACGGAUGGGAUGGAUGGGUUCGGAUCAUGAAUCAGAAGCCCUGACGCCUGGGGUGGCAACCGCAAGCGCCGCCUCGGGUUCCCCAAAGAGGCAAAAGCAGAAGCGGAGUCGAGCCGGUUGCUCUCAGUGCAAACUGAAGCGACGAAAAUGUGACUUGACCAAGCCAAAAUGUCAGCGAUGUACGGUCAGUGGUGUCGAAUGUACAUAUCCUACCGGCGUCACCUUUGCGCCCAACAGGACAAUCUCGCCGUCAGAAGAUUUGCAGUCUCCAUCAGCCAUUUCCCCGUCUUAUUCACGUCUUCAGUUCCUGGAGCCCGGGAGCCGCCGUAGAGCCCGGUCGAAACAAGACAAGGUUCAUUCUCCCAAGUCCAGCCUGACACAUACGGCAUCGCCUGUAGCUGCCGAACAUGAAGCCCAAGAGACCGGCGUUUCCACUCUUCAUACAUCACAGCCGCCAUCAAGUAUUCCAUGCGCCCAUGUGAGCUUGCCAACGGGUGUACAUUCCCAUGGACUCGGCAUCUUUGUCGCCAUCCCGGAGACAAAUGAGGUGCUUGCCUCGUCAUGUGUGACGUCCCCAAACACCACAGACUACGAGACCGCGCUUGAGGUGCUCGUGUCUCUUGGUGGUGCCAGCGACACCGGGCCUCCAGAAGUACCACGAAUGACCACCAAUCUUGAAGGGAAUCGCAACAAUAGCUCACAAGCUCUGCAGCCCCUCGCAAAUGCGCCGGGUUUGGAUUCACUCCGGCAGAAGCUAGACGACAUGAAGAUUCUGCAGUUGCUCACUUACUACAGAUAUCAUGUCGCGCCGUGGCUGGACAUGUGUGACCAAGGGCAAACCUUUGGCCUUGUGGUCCCCAGACUCGCCUUGCAGUCGAAUCGAGUGUGCCAUUCAUUGAUUGCACUCACACUGUCCUUGUCGGCGAAAAUGGGCGUAGCCGAAAUGACCGUCGAAGAUAUCUCAUUGCCGGUGUCAAACUCCACUCAUCUUGACGAGUUUGUAGCUGAUGCACUGGACAAGGCUCACCAGUUUGCCACAUGCCUACCACUUGACUGGCCAAUGCUCAUAUUCGAUGACGGAACCUGCAUCACUCAAGCGUUGACCAAGAGCCAUGUCUGGAGACAAGCUGGCUUUCUUCGCCUUCGCCUAUUGUUGUCAGCAGCGUUGGUGUCAGGAGAGCCUAUUUUCUCAGCCCAAAACCUUCAACACGUUACACCGCCUAUAGGCAGCAGCAGUAGCCAAAAUACAUGUGACCCGACACUCGAAGUCUUUAUGCUCUGCGCCCGUUCCAUAAACAACCAUAGCAACGCAUCCCAUACAUCCGUUAAUGAGUCACCUGCGCAAUCAUGGGGAACACAAACUCGGGAUCUUCAGGCAUGGUAUGACGCACGCUGUGAGACCUUCCGCCCGCUCCUGGACCUUGAUAUGUCCACCUCUGACCCUACAGCUGCACUCUUCCCUACCAUCGUCUUCUCAACUGCUGCUGCCGCCCUCGCAAACAGCGUCUAUCACGCCGCCAUGCUUCUUCUACUACAGCACAAGCCACGUACUGUCCCGGUUCUGUCCCCGGGGUCUUCAUCACUGUGGCAUGCCAGGCGCAUAUGCGCCAUCGCUGUCAGCAACGGCUCUAACGCUUAUUGGGACCCGUGCCUUCUCAGCACCUUGUAUGUUGCCGCCAGAGUUAUGACGUAUGUGCCGCAGCAAGCUAGAAUAGUGCGCUGCUUUAAGGAGGCCGGAAUGCGGACGGGUUGGCGGGCACUUGCGGAAUGGUUUGUCGACGAGCUGCAGAAGAUUUGGGCUCCAACUUGAAAACGGCUUGCCGGGCCCGUCUUCAACCAAGAACCCAUCCCUUCUGGAUUUGCCGAGCUUGUCAGUAAGCUCUUUAGACCGGUGGAACCCCUUUGUUCAUGAAAUUGCCGAAAAGAAAAGAAGCCUAUAAGGGUAUAGGCUGAUGCAAAAAAAAGAAAUGUGUUCCUAUUGCCAACCUAGAGUUUCACCGUUGAAAUUUCCAUGUAGCCAGCAAAUCACUUUUCCGUAAAUCUCGCUGCUAGUUCUUCCGUCUCCUUGGCCUUCUUGUUAACGGCUUCGAGCUCAAAACCCGCAACUGCCUUGUAUUUAGCCCCGAUGCUCUCAAGUUCAUCCUUUGGGAUAACAUCGUACACAUUCUUGAAGCCCUCUGGCGCCCUUUCCUCCGCCAGCUGCAACACAUGAUCAGGUCCGUUUGCUCGGUUGGCGUACACAAUCUUUGCGGUCGGAGGCAGCCGGAUCUCUUCGUACUUCUUCAACGCCUCGGGUAUUUUUUCCGUCUCUGUCCCAGCAAGACACUGUGUGAUUGUCUCGGCGUCGAUAAUGGCUUGUGUCGCUCCGUUCGAGCCAAUUGGGUACAUGGGAUGGGCACUGUCCCCUAGGAGAACAAUUCUGCCAAAAGCCCAGCGCUCUACUGGAUCCCUAUCGCACAUAGGGAACUCGAACACGCGCUCCGUAGGCGCAAUCAGAUCUUCUACCAUAUGGAGCCCGCCGCAUUUCCAGCCAUUAAAUGGCCCGGCGAACCGCUCCUUGGGCACUGUCUUUGUCCAAUCAACUUUCGGGGGUGUUUUGUCAGGGUCAGAGUCGUCGCGUACGCGGAGUUCGGCAAUCCAGUUAACGAGAGAUUUUCCAUUUCGUGCCGACUCGCCGCUUAUUGGGUAUGCGAUAAAUUUCUGAUCGGCAAAUCCAGCCCAGACCAUACUGGCACCGGUAAGAUACGGCUCUCGCUCAAUACAUCCGCGCCACAAUAUGCGACCAGAGAAUCGGGGAGGGCCUUCUUCAGGGUACAGGAGUUUGCGGGUGGCACUGUUAAUGCCGUCAGCCGCAAUAAGGACAUCACCUGUCAUAGACGGGACCGCCCCUUGGGUGUUCUCGGCAUGCUGAAAAAAGGCCGUAAUGGACUUGUCAUCUUGCUGGAAGUUGACCAGCGCGUGGCCCAGAUGAAUCCUGUCCUCCCCAAUGCGCUUCCGCACUGCAUCUAACAAGACCAUUUGGAAGUGGCCACGAUGGAUAGAUAGCUGAGGGACGGCGUAUCCGGCCUUGAUCCCACGCGGCUCGGAGAGAAUCUCGUCGCCAUGUCGAUUAUAGAAGUUGAGCUCUUGGGUCACAACUCCAGUUCGUUCUAAUUCGGGUAGCAGGCCAAGGUUCCGAAGGAUGAGGACUGCUGAAGGUUGGACAUUGAUACCAACGCCAAGGCUAGUGAGUUUUCCCGCCGCCUCGAAGAUGUGUAUGUCCGUCAGUCCAGAGGCGUGUAGGGCGAGAGCCGUGCUCAACCCCCCGAUUCCACCGCCGGCAAUGAGCACCUUGGGCUGAGAUGACAUGUAUGGCAUGGCGAGCGGGGUGUUGUGUUUUCCUAGGUGGGGAGAGGGGCUGAUGUCGUUGAUUGAAAAGCCGGAACAGACUCGACAGGUAAGCGAGGAAAGGGUCGAGUCCGGGAUAAAAUAACGGCAAAAGUGAAAACACCAUGGCUUGGAUUCUUAUUCCGAUUUCGGACAACGCAACCAAAAUAUGUUGUGGGCCCAAGAGGAUUUAUGGUGCCAUGAAAUCUUGGCUUUAAAUGUGGGCUGUUCGAUCAAUAAUUCGAAUGCACAUAUUAGCGCGCACAAGAUUGACGGAGAAUGUCGAAAUAAGCACGGCGGCUAGUAUUUUCGAGUUUAGAAGUUGAUUCCACAUCCGUGGAUCCAAUUCAUUCCGCACGGAAACCCCAGGCAACCUCAAGAUCUGGGAUGCGCCAGCUCGUGCCCCAACCGGUCGUAGCUUCAAUAUCCCGGAUGAGCUCAACCACGAUCUUGUGCUCGACCGGAUGGCUUAGAAGGCGCCCAGCCAACCAAAGGGGCUGAAUGGCAUUGUUCAAACAGCCCUGAUGGGGAUUUGUCUGCGAGAUGCCACAUAUGCGCU